CAUGAAUCCACUGCUGAUCCUUGCUUGCAUUGGAGCUGCGGUUGCUUUCCCCACGGAUGACGAUGACAAGAUCGUCGGGGGCUACACCUGUGCAGCAAAUUCCGUUCCCUACCAGGUAUCCCUGAACUCUGGCUACCACUUCUGUGGCGGGUCCCUCAUCAGUGACCAGUGGGUGGUGUCCGCCGCCCACUGCUACAAGAGCCGCAUCCAGGUGAGGCUGGGAGAGAACAACAUUGACGUCCUGGAGGGCGACGAGCAGUUUAUCGAUGCGGCCAAGAUCAUCCGCCACCCCAAGUACAACAGCUGGACCCUGGACAAUGACAUCUUGCUGAUCAAGCUCUCCUCACCUGCGGUCCUCAAUUCCCGGGUGUCCACCUUAGCCCUGCCCAGCGCCUGUGCACCUGCGGGCACCCUGUGCCUCAUCUCUGGCUGGGGCAACACCCUGAGCUCCGGCGUCAACUACCCUGAGCUGCUGCAGUGCCUGGAUGCCCCGCUGCUGAGUCAGGCCGAGUGUGAAGCCUCAUACCCUGGAGAGAUCACCAGUAACAUGGUCUGCGCCGGCUUCCUCGAGGGAGGCAAGGACUCCUGCCAGGGUGACUCUGGUGGCCCCGUGGCCUGCAAUGGACAGCUCCAGGGCAUCGUCUCCUGGGGCUAUGGCUGCGCCCAGAAAAACAGGCCUGGGGUCUACACCAAGGUCUGCAACUAUGUGGACUGGAUUCAGCAGACCAUCGCUGCCAACAGCUAAAACCCCCGCCCUCUGCCAUCAUUAUGCUAGUAAAUCGACUGUUCCCUCCGUCC